AUGGAAAGGCCUUAUGUCUAUCAGGCUUUGGCGCUUCCACACAACGUCCGACUCCUCCGCCUCUCACCGAAUGCGGAGGAUAGUGCGCCCCUUUACGGUCAUCUAAUUGAGUGUGACAUAAAGGACUUCUACGGCCAACCCGACUCGUUCGAGGCUCUGUCGUAUGUAUGGGGUGCUCCAGAGUCAUACUACUCGAUCUCAUUAGACGGGUUCGAUCUCCCCAUCACUACCAAUCUUUACGUAGCACUUAAAAAUCUUCGACAUCGACACAGGGAUCGACUAUUAUGGGUGGAUGCGAUGUGCAUAAAUCAGACAGAUGAUCGAGAAAAAGAACGUCAGAUUGGAUUAAUGUACCAGAUCUAUGCCUGCGCAAGUUGCGUCGUUGUUUGGCUUGGUGAGAAUGAGGAUGGGAGUGAGUAUGUGUUUGAAGAUCUGAGGACGAUCAAACAAAAAAUGCUCGCCAAUGACAAGGAAGACAAACCUUCGGCGCAAAGGCUUGUCAAGUUCUUCCAACGAGCUUGGUUCCGCCGAGUCUGGGUACUCCAAGAAGUUGGCGCUGCCCGGCAGAUCCAGAUUCGUUGUGGUCGCUCAUUAAUGGAUGGUUACGCUUUCAGUAUGGCCGCGAAUCGAGUCAAUUUAUGGCUUCAAACCCAGGACAGAGGCCAGUCGCAGGAGUUGCAUGAAACGAUCCAAGACGUGGCAUAUCUCAUCCAGGGGUCAAUUUUUAGACCUCCGUAUCACGGACCUGGUACGUUGCCUGAAGGCAUGGGCCAUUUCAAACAAAUGAUCGAUUUAUUCCACAGUCGCGAGGCAACCAAAAUCCAUGAUAAAAUAUUCGCAUUACUCGGCAUGAGCUCGAAUGACAUGAGCACAUCCGGGUUGCUCCCCGAUUAUACUAUCCCUUUCAAACACUUGUUUGAGAGACUCGUCAAGUUUGUCAUUUCUGAUAGACUUUUGGUUGAGUGCCAACAAGAUAGACCGCUUGCAGUCAUCAAAGCCACCGGAUGGAUGUCAGAGACCGCCAUGGCACUUUUCGGUCAUCUCCCGUGUUUUCUUUUCCAAGGGAAUAUCGAAAUGCGCCAAGCUUUUACAACCAACGAUCCCAACUGGACUCUUCCAACGUCAUCUAAACCCGUUCAGAAGGAUGAUCUCAUCUGCCUUUUUGAUGGAACGGCCACACCUACCAUCAUAAGACCAUACGGAGACGUCUCGGUGAUUGUGGUUGCAGCACCUCUACUAUGCCACAACAUGAAAAAGGUCAAACUUUCUACAAACGAGUGGAUUAAACGUGGGGAGAGUGGCAGAUUAUCCAGUCGCCAUUUUCUUCUCAUUUGGGACUGGAAUUAUUCUUCCAAAUCAUACGCACAUCUGAAGAACUAUCAAUCAUGGUCUGCAUUGAACAAGUGGGUUUCUAGGGACUCGAAAUCCCCUACAGAGGAAGAACUCAAUUCUUUAAUUCAACGCUGUGAUCAUACUCUCCUGGCUUCAGAUGGCAAUGGAGACAGCCCACAAGUUCUUAAAGAGAUAUUGAUGCAUUUCGAAACAGUGCUACGGAUAGAGGAUUCAUACAUCGCGGUUGACAGAAAGCUGACCGAGUUUCUGUUCGGCAUUCUCAAUUCAUCUGCCCACACAGAAUUCCAAUGUUCAAGCUGUACCUCUCUCCACGAUAUCACUUUCAGCCUACUUGUUUGGGCACUUGACGUGCCCCUAGGAAAAGUAGCGAGACGAAUAUACGAGUUCCACAGAAGUCAUACCAUCAAUUCAUAUUGUUCAGAUACAAUAUUACGGUCAAAAUUAGAUGUUAUUUAUGGACGUGGUGAUGUGGAAAUGAUUGAGUGGGUUAUCGAAGAAGGAGCAGAUGUGAACAGACCGGCGUUUGGGAUUAUGGCGAGAACAGCGCUUCAGGCUGCAGCCGAACAGGGUUACAUGAACAACGUCGAGUGCCUACUACGAGCAGGAGCAGAUGUUAAUGCACCACCAGUACGAACUCGGGGAAGGACCGCGCUUCAAGCUGCGGCCGAACAGGGUCACAUAGCCAUCACCGAGCGGCUACUACAAGCCAACGCACAAAUCAAUGCAGAACCAGCUGUUAUUGGGGGGAUCACGGCACUCGAAGCCGCAGUUAUAUCGGGUAAUGUGUCUCUCGUGGAGAUACUGCUUGAGAGAGGAGCGUGGCCCAAUACCAAAGAUGUACAUGGGAAUACUCCACUUAUCUUGGCGUCCAAAAAGGGUCAUACAGCUGUCGUAGAAGCGCUGUUGGCGAGCAAUGCGGAUAUUGACGCAAGGAAUCGACGUAGAGAAACAGCACUUUAUUGGGCUCGGAAGAAUGAUCAUGUAGCUAUUGUGGCAGCGCUCCGAGCUGCAAAGAGGAGUGUCAAGACAGGAAAUGUCCUUGGAGGCAUAGCACUCACUAUGGUCUCGAAGGUAUCAACAGCGGCACAGAGAAAACGGGCCGUCACUGAUCUCGCUUGA